GUUGCCUAGGUGUUUGUAGAAGCCAGUUCGCUGCUGGCUUCGCCUAGCCUCAGGACUCGGUUUUUUUAAGGCAGUUUCCUAGACAGACACACUCAAAAAGGCACCAGAUAUGGUCAUGGAUGGACUACAACAACAACAGCAGGGGGCAAUGAAGUUUGGAAGUAAAAUCUGCUCCUUCAGACUGCCAUCAUGUCUGAACUGAAGGAACAGUUCACGGGUUCAGCAUCACCAAAUGUAAGCUCUGACAAUGGAUCGUGAUGAGGUUUGGACCGAGCUGGACCACAUUUCUAAGAGGCUUCAGGAGGAUGGCCUAUCCCCAGAAGCCAGCGCAGAGGAUCGCCAGCGCCACCUGUGGCACCUGCUGCUCCGCAGCGAAGCCCAGCUGCGGUCGGCGAGCCAGGAGCUGCAGGCGCUUCAUACUGAGCAGAAUAAUGAGAAGAAGGAGGUGGAGAGCUACGUCGAACACAUUCGAGGGCUGUUAGAAGACCGGGAAAGUCUGACUGCAGAGUAUGAGGUAGAAAACCAGGACCUGCGACAUGAACUUCAACAGAUCAAACAUCAACAAGAGAGUCAAAGCAAGGAGCUAGCUGAGAUGCUGGUUCAGGGAGAGCUGGAAGAAAUCGCUUUAAGCAGCCCCAGUGAGCAGGUGGCUUACUUGUUGGUGGAAAGGGUAACGCUCCUUGAAAGGCUGGAGGCUGCGGAGAGGAAACUGGACGUUCACGGCCUCGCGGGCAACUUGGAGGAGGUUGACCCUCAGCAGUCUUCCUCCCAGAGUCCAUGGAAGAAGCUGUUUGGCCUGCGCAGGUCUGGUCAGAACAAACACAGUAUUAUCCCUGCCCAGCUUGAGCAGGUUUCCAGAGAGCAGAGUGAGCGGCUUCGCCUUGAGAAGGACCUGGAGGAGGCGUCCAGGAGGCUGGCCAUGGCUCACCAGGACAUCCGCAGGCUCACCAGUGAGCUGGACGCUGCAAAAGACAACAAUCAAGGCUCAAGUGGGUUUGAGCUUCAGGGAACUGUUGAAGAAGUAGAAAACCUGAAGAAAGAAGUGGACAAUCUAAAACACUGUGAUAUGAUGAAGCUGCAGCUUUCCAAAGAAGAAAACGACAGAUUACAUUCUGAGAACAGAGCUCUCAAGGAGAAGCUGCACAGUAUAGAAUCUGAGAAGAAAACUCUCCAAGAUCAGUUGUCAAAAAUUUAUUCUGCCAAAGAGGCUGAAAAGGAAAAGAGCUGCGAUCCACAAAACUACCAGCCUGCCAUGUCAGAUCCGAUUCACAAACGGUGCCAAGAAGCCAUGGAAGAUGGACUUGUACAGGUGAAAGAGCUGCAACGGCAACUCCAGAGGUUACGCAAAGAGCAGGAAGAGCUGGAAGAGCGGAACGAAGAGCUGGAAGCCCUGCUGGGAGAAGCUCAGAAUGCCAGCAAGGAGGAGAGGCAUCGGCACGAGGGAGAGCUGGAAGGGCUGCACAGGCGGGUGAGGAGCUUAGAGGCAGAGCUGAAGAAGCAGGAUGCUCAAGAAAAAAAUCUAAAAAAUGGAGAAGAUAUUAAAACCACUGAUACCUUCUUGCAAGUGAAACAUCUGAGGGACAGCAGCCAAGAGAGACUGGCACUGCUGGAGGCUCGUCUGACGGAGGAGAAGGACUGGAGGAAGCAGCUGGAGUUAGACCUCAGCGCUGCUCAAACUGCCCUUAAGAAAGAUAAAGAGGCUUUACAGUUCGGUGAGCGGGAGCUGAAGAAGCUGAGGCUCGAGGUCAGUGGCCUUCAGACAGAGUGUCAGCAAGGAAAAACCCUCAUCAAGAGCCUCACGCAGGUCAAAGGGGAAAAGGCUGCUCUGGAGGAGAAGCUGGCCCAGAUGGAGCGGGCCCACAGCAGACUCCAGAGUGAGCUGCAUCGCUUCAAAUCCAGCAACCAAAGCCAGGAGAACCAGAGGGAAGGCCUGCUGCAGGUUGAGCAGCUCCAGAAGAAGAUCGACCAACUGACUGCUGAACUCAGCGGCCUUCAGACGUCCUACAACACCCUGAGGGAAGAGCUGACAUCGGAGCGGAUGCAGACCGCAGAACUGCAGACCAAGCUGAGGACCACAGCUCAGGAAAAGCUGGAGGCCGAGGAGCAAAGAAGCAGACUGGAGCAAGAGACACAGAGCCUGCAGAAGCAGCUCUUGUGGCAUCAAAACCUCCCCUCACCCACAAAGGAAACCGUCAGUGGCAGCAAUAAGCUCCACACAGCAGCCAUAAAGGAUGGAGACUGGGAUCAGCUUUCAGCUUUGAAACAAGAGCUGACUUUUCUGCAGAGUAAAGUCUGGGAGGAGCAGCAGAAGACUUCGCAGCAACAAAUGCUGCUUGAAGCUCAGCUAAGUGAAGCUCAGGCCCGGAUCAAGUCCCAAGAUUCAGUGUUGAGUCAGAAAGCAGAGGAGGCUAAACAGAUGAAACAAGACCUGCAGAGAGCCCAGAGCCUGUUCACCUCAGCUGAGAGGGAGCUGCGCUAUGAGAAGGAGAAGAACAUGGACCUGAAGAGACACAACGCUUUGCUGGAUCAGGAAAAACUUAAGAUUUCUGCAGAACUGAAGCAGGCUCAGCUCAAGCUGGUCCAGGUGGAGCAGAAAGUCUCCAGUCAGACGGCCGAGAUCGAGUGUCAGCAGCAGAAAAUCAGGGAAUUGGAGCUGGAGCUGGCACGGACCAGCACCAACCACAGAGCAAGCAGCAGUCUGCAGGAGGACCUACAGGCUGAAAGAGCUCGACUCAUUGCUGCUGACAAGAAGGUGCUGGAACUGCAGCAGCAGCUGAAAAAUGUUCAGCACCAGCUCCGUGUGGAGGAAGCCCGGGCCAGCGAGAGCAGCCGUUUGGAGCGGGACAGCAGGGAUCUAUCCGACAACCUGUCGGCUCUGAGGGCUCAGCAGCAGGAGCAGCACAUCGCCAGGAAGCUGCUGGAGCAGCGUGAGGAGGAGCUGCAGCAGCAGGUGCGCUCGCUGAGGCUGAAGGAAGCGUCCCUGUCCAGGACAAACACGGAGCUUAGCCACCGGGUCCAGCAGCUGGACAUCAGGCUGUCCAUCUCUGAGACUGAGCUCAGCAAGACAAGAGAAGAGGUGAAAGAAAGCCAGAAGUCAAGCCAGAAGGUGCAGGAGGAGCUGCUGGUCAGUCAGCAGGAAUGUGAGAGGUUACAAGCAGAGUUACAGCAGGUUCUCCUCCAGCUGGAUGCAAAUAUUAGGAAGUACAAUGAGAAACAGACUCAGAACAAAACGAAACUGCGUCAGGCCAAGCAGGUGUUUCUUAAGACGACGGCACAGAGGGACUCCACUAUCCAGAAGCUGGAGAACGACCUCGCACUGGCCAACAGUCUUUCAUUCAAAGAGAAAGAAAGGAUCCAAACUGUUGUGGCAGAAAACGAGAAGCUGCUGGAGGACAAGAGGGAGCUGCUGAGGAGGAUAAGUGAGGCAGAGGAAAUGGGCAGUAAAGGCAUGAGGACUGCUUCAACAGUCCAGCACAGGGUGAACAUCCUAGAGGUGGAAAACAGACAGCUCCACGAGAGAACAAUGAAGCUUUCCAGUCAAGUUGGUUCCCUAGAACGGGCUCUGAGGAACGUCGAGACAUUCUACAGUCUGGAGAACAUAAAGAAAAUGUUCCCUUCUGAUGGUCUCAGUGACGGGCCUGUGCACACGUCUGUUUUAAGCCUGACGUCAGGCUCCUGCGACCACAUGGGCAUCCUGGAUGCAAUCUGCCGGUCGAAGAGUAUGCUGAUGAACGGCACGGGGGCAUCUGUCUCCACACAGCCACCUUCCGAGCAAGGAUACCUGAACCUCGCGUCCCCGCUGGUUCCUCCAGCCGCUGCCAAGGAUGCUGCGGAGAGCUCUACCCACAGUGAUCAGGUGUAGGAGGUUGGAAAGGAUGACACAGCUCUGGUCUUUGCGGAAUCAGCCACAAAUAAAAGGAUAGAGGUCUGAGUAUUAGUUAACGCUGAUGUAUUUCUAUUGAAACAACUAACAAAAUGAAAAAUACGUAAUUGAAAAUGUAGAAACCAGUUUUUUUUUUUUAUUCUGGGCUGUAUUUGAAAGCAGAUUCUUGUGCCUCUUCUAACUGUUUUAAUCACUGACAGGAUGCAUAGAUGCACAGAGGGGUGUGUCGACCCAGACUGUUUUUCAAAUAGGCCAAUAAGAGGGAAAAAUGAGCCUGAGGUUGUUAGACCCUCUCCGGGUAAUGGCUAAUACCUGCACUUUGUCCCUGAGGCAGUUUAAAUAUUCCAAAUGUAACUGGAGCCAGGUCAGUCCAGCAGGUAGAUGCAAAGUGGCUUGUUACAAAAACCAAGCAUAAUCUGCGGUUACAUGUGCAAAAUGUCUUUGGUCGGAUCAAAGAUCGGAUUAGAAUUGAACUGUGUACAAGGGCCCAGAAAAACUUCAUCCGAUUAUAACAAACAUAUUCAUACGCCACACUUUCGAUUGAAAUAACUCAUUUGGACAUGCACAGGACUAACUAAAAUACCGGAAACGGCCGUGGAAGAAGAAAUAGCGAGUUCCGUUGUAAACAAACAAAGCUGCUGCAUAGAGCGAGAUGGUCUUCUAAACGUGCUUUUAUUGUUAUGAUUAUUAUGAAGUGCCUGUUUACUUAGAAUUCUUUAAAUCCGUGCCGCCAGUACUUUAUUCCUGGCUGAACGGACCCAGAAGAAUGGUUAAUAUGUGCCAACAACAUUUAGCUUUGGAUGUACUUAAACUCCAUGCGGUCAAUGCCGCAACGUGCAUCUUGGCUGCAUGUAAAUAUGUGGGAAAGAAGCAGCCGGAUGGACUACGGUCCGAAGCCUCCUCUGAGCUCACACUGUAACAAAGCACCCUUCCCUGCCCACAAACACGACAUGGCUCACUCAGGCGGAGCAGCAGGCCGGUCCUGUUCUCGCUCCAAAGCUUCCUCUGGAGCGCCACGCCGUCUACGUAUGACAUAACAGCCAGAGCAGUAAUGCUCAGAAUAAAUUAUUUACAUGCACCACGAUCAGAUCAAGAAUCGGAAUAACCCACCUGUCUCAAUCGGAAGGAAAUUUUGAUCCGAAUGACUGAUUGGGGCAGAGUAUUCCAAACGGUGUGUUUACAUGAAGCAUUUUUAUUCUGAUCAGGCCUUUAUUCCGAUUAUUACUUUUGUCCAUGGAACCGCAGCUAUGUUUUUUUUACCUGAAAGUUUAGACCUACUUUGUACAAAACGUUUUGAUUUAUUUCAAACAACUGGGGCUACCUGGCUGUGACCUAGUGAACUGCACCUGAUUUUAGGUACUUUUGUUUUCAAACCUGACUCAAACAGGAAGUCAAAUGGUUUCUUCUUAGUUUGAACGUAGGUACGAACUAAAUAUUUUGGUUUAUUUAAGUGUCAAACACUUCUUAACAGAGAAAAGACACAGCAAUGGCAGCAAUUUGCUGUAAAAGAUAUGACCAAUAGCACAAUCUUUUUAGGAUUCAUACAUUUCUCUGAUUUUAUUUAAAUAUAUGAUCACUGAAGUUUCUGAAAGAUGUUUUGUUAAAGUGUGUUAAAUUACACAAUUGUUUGGGAUUUUGAAUGCUUGUCGUUUGAUCUGAGCACUUUAUCAUAAGAGGAUUGUUCAUAUGAACGCACAUCACUCCCACAUGUUUUCCACAAGUACGAUCUGCGGCGUGUUUUUAAAGCCUAGCGAUGCCUUUGGGAUUAUUGAUAUUUAGGAUCUCACAGCUUUAUAGUUUUGUAUGCAUUUUUACACAUUUAUACUGAUAUCAUGAGCAGUUUCUGUGGACCCAUUUCAUGUUUAUUAAGAGUCUGUGAAAAAAACACUAAUGCUAAAUUGAGAUGUCCUGUGAGAAAUCUUCCCAUUUCAUGUUUGUAGAUGCCACACCAGUGUUUACGAUGGACAGCAGUCAGGGCUAUUUCUAUUAUUAUUAAUAUUUUAAGUCAUUUUUUAAGUUUUCCUUCAGAAACACCACCAGCAGAUGGAUAUCUAUCUAUGAUUUACACAUCACAAAAUAUAGAAAAAAGGGAAGCAUUUAUGGUAUAAAGCAAUGUUUUGAGGGCAUACUUAAUCCAGAAGAACCCAUGGUGACAUCAGUGUAACAGAAAAAUACCAGAAAUGGAUUCUGGGGUAAAAUGCACAUAACUUUCUUUAAAAGAAAAAGAUGUGUCUGGGUUCUUAUGGGUUAAGACAGAUCAGGUACUGUUUUAAAUUAGCUUAUUUGCUAAUUUUAAACCCAGAUUCAUCACAUAAAUGCUCCUAAACACGUCUUUAACAAACAGAAUUAUAAGCAUUCAGCCCAAAUUAUAAAUCACCACUAUUAUUUUUCCAUUAUAGAUGCAGAAAAAUGACAAGAUUUUAAAAAUGUGCCUAAAAUAUGUUUAAUGUGACCCGACUGCUGCCUUUCCGAACGACGGAAAAUAUAAAUGAGGAUGUUUUGUUGUUGUAUUCUGACAUUUUUUUAAAUUAAAGCUAUUUUCAUAAAUAAAA